CCCUAAACAGGGGAGAUGCAGAGAAGCGAAUCGAAUUCGAAUUCGAAUACAACUUCAAAUUCGAACCCUUCGCCUCGAGAAUCUGUGGAUAUCACUACACAACCUCAAGAAGAUCAAAAUAUGUUGGAGAAAGAGAAUGAAGAAACUCUCGAACAUGUUGAAUCAUGUCUAGUUGUUGUUGACGAUCACGAUGUAGAGAUCGAAAAUAGUCCCGUUAUUUCUCUCGACGGUUUUCAAAGUAUUGGUUCGCAAGAUUUAUCCGCAUCGAAUAACGACGAGCAAAAUGACGGAUUCGCCCUCGACGAAGAGAAACCUAUGAUCAACGAAAUAGACAACAUUGGAGAUAACACGAGCUGUGAGGAUCAAGAAAUCAAGAAAAACGAAGUCGAAAUCAUCGAUUCGGUUUGUUGUCUGAAUAGUUUUGAUGACAAUAUUAAGACAGAAGAUCAAGAAGAUGACAAGUUAACAGGGGAGUUAUCUGAAACACAUGUGUUAGUACAAGACAACGAAAUCAAGACAGAAACGGUCGUUACUGAAUCGAAAGUUGAGCUCAGAAAGUCACCGAGCUUUGACUUUGGACUACCCUUUGUUGCCAUGCGCGAAGAAUCGGAGCGGACCCCGCUUCUAUAUCAAGAAAGACCAAAGAUAAGAAGCUUAUCGACUUCUUCAACUAUGAGAUUCCAAAAUAGAAGCGUUCAAACGGAGAUUUUAGGGAGUUCGUUAAGGUAUGAAGCGGUUGAGGUCGAGGAGAAGACUAUCAGAAUGGAAGGAGGCAAAUCCGAAAGCUCGGAGGGUAGUUACGUAAAUUUGGAAAACAAAGAGGUCACAAUUGCAAAACAAGAAGAUUGCGCUGUAGUAACUUCACCGAAAGGAAACGGUAAGAGAAAACCGAAGUCUUCAAUUUUCACUACAUGCAUGUGUUGUGCAGCAGCAAUCAGCUAAACCAUGGUAUUUUUUGAUUGUUGGAAGAAAAUAUUUAUUUGGGAUUUUUUUUGCAUGAUUUGUUUUUCGGGUCCGUCUUUUUUCGAUCCGGUUUUCAAGAUUUUCGAGAGGAAAAACAUUGAAAGAGAGAUUUAAUACUACUGCUACUAUUUUUUUUUUUUGUGGU